AGCCAAGCAGUCGCGCAUUAACACUAUUGCCGUGUGCGCUUUCGUAUACGGCGCCGGAUUUUUCUAAUCUCGUAUUAUUUUACGGAACGUGGGGGACAAGAAUAUUGGAGAAGGGGAUUAGAAUAUUUUUACCUGACAUAUAGACAGGUAGAAAGAGAGAGAGAGAGAGAGAGAGAGAGAAAGAGAUAGAGAUAGAGAUAGAGAGAGAAGAAAAUCAGUCUUCAAUUUCCUUUCAAAGGUCGUCACACGUCCAUCCAUUCGUCGUGAAAGACGGGAGGAGAUUCUAAAGCGAAGUACCAGUGUCAGAGAAAGAGACGAAGAAAAAGGAACGAGGUAGAGGCAGCCAGGCAGGCAGGAAGAUGAAGGGGAUGAUGCUGCCCGCGUUCUUGCUGGGCGUCCUCUUGGUCUCUCGCGUUCAGGCUGUAUCGGAGAGGUUGGAAUUGGCACCAGCUGGAGGAAGAUCUGAACCGCAAGUUGCAACGCUAUGCGAAGUUGGCGAGGUUUACCUGGCACAACACAUGGGCGAACAAGGUAGAUGGGUGUCGUCGACCGAUAAGAAGAGUUGUAUGACGGACAAACUCGAGAUUUUAGAAUAUUGUAAGAAGGCAUAUCCAAAGAGAGACAUCACUAACAUCGUCGAGUCGUCGCAUUAUGUCAGAGUCAGUGGAUGGUGUAAGCCUGGAAGAACUAAAUGUAAAUUGUCGAGAUGGGUUAAACCUUAUAGAUGUCUGGAGGGUCCCUUCCAAAGUGAUGCACUUCUUGUACCAGAGGGAUGUCUUUUCGAUCAUCUACAUAAUCAGACCAAAUGUUGGGAAUCGCACAGGUGGAACGCAACAGCCGCUGAUACCUGCAGAGAACGUAACAUGAAUCUAAGGAGUUUUGCUAUGUUACUACCAUGCGGAAUAUCGCUCUUCUCUGGUGUCGAGUUCGUAUGCUGUCCGAAACGCCUGAAAGAAACUGUAAAGGUCAAGAAACCAAUCGAUUUACCGAUUCCAAAAGGAAUUGACGAUGAUCUCGACGAGGACGAAGAUGAUCUCGAUGACGAAGAUGAUCUCGAUGGUGAAGCCGACGACGAUAAUGAUUCUGAAAGCGAUCUCGACGAUGUAUUCAGUGAUCAACCUGACGAUGAGGAGAGUGACGAGGAAUAUCUAGACGAUUAUGAUACAACUACGAGCCGACCGUCCACAAUAUUCUCAACGACUGAGAAAGUUAAACAAGAAGCAACGGCAAUGCCUUUACCACUUAGUAGCAGCACGCAACAACCAUCUCAAUCGCAAGGUACACCGGAUCCAUAUUUGACUCAUUUUGAUCCACGAUCGGAACAUCAAAGUUACAAACAAGCGCAGAUGAGACUCGAGGAAGUACACAAAGAAAAAGUAACAAAAGUGAUGAAGGAUUGGAGUGACCUAGAAGAAAGGUAUCAAGAUAUAAGAGCUCAUGAUCCAGUUGCUGCUGAUGCUUUCAAACGAUGGAUGACGGCACGAUUCCAAGAAACUGUUGCAGCCUUGGAAGAAAGUGGAGCUGCGGAGAAACAUCAGCUCAGUGCGAUGCAUCAACAACGAGUGCAAGAAGCUGUUAAGCAGAGAAAUGAAGAAGCUAUGUCCUGUUACACUGCUGCUUUGAACGAAACUCCACCAAAUACUCAUCGUAUUCAGAAGUGUUUACAAAAGUUGCUCAGAGCUCUUCACAAGGACCGACACCAUACGAUUGCUCAUUACAAGCAUUUACUUGACAGCAGUUUGGAACAAGCCCAACGUGAAAAACCUGCGACACUGGAACAUCUGGCAGAAAUUGAUAGAAUCACAAAUCAAAGCUUAUUGAUGUUAGAACGAUAUCCUGAUCUGAGUGCAAAAAUCGGGCGUCUAAUGGAUGACUAUGUUUUGGCGCUUCGCAGUAAGGAUGAAACACCAGGUUUAUUGUUAGCAAUGACUCGAGAAGCAGAAGCAGCUAUUUUAGACAAGUAUCAAGCGGACGUGGCUAGCAAACAAGAAGAAAAAGAACAUCAAAAGCAAUUAGAACGUGCACGCAAGGAACAACGUAAGGUUGAACGUGGUGAAUUACGUACGGAACAAGAACAACACGAAGAGAAUGAUUCAGUGAAUGACAAUAAGUAUUCUUCUCAGCAGUCUGAACAGCCGGCACCCGUUGCAACGCUGCAUAAUGAAGGAGUGGUUAGAGCAGCACACAGUAUGACUCAUGAUGUCUCACAUUCUGAACCGGGUUACUCAGUAAGACGUGAACUAUAUCACAAGGAGAGCCGAUCAGUUUACUUUACGCUAGCAUUUGCUGGAAUCGCACUUAUGGCAGCUGCAAUUGUAGCUGUUGCUGUAUUCAAAAGACGUAAUGCGAGAAGCCCACACAGCCAGGGUUUCAUUGAAGUUGAUCAAGCUGCUACACCCGAAGAACGACAUGUAGCCAACAUGCAAAUAAAUGGCUAUGAAAAUCCAACAUAUAAAUAUUUCGAGGUGAAGGAAUAAUUUAAUCAAUUUAAUCGGAACAUCAUUCGCUUUAAAAGCUGGUCUCGAGUAGUCUUUUCCAUAUUAUUAUCUCCGUUUACAAAUGUCAUUAUUAUUUUCGUUAUAAUUUUGAUUUAAUUCUAACAAGCAUGAGGUACUUUCGAAGAAUCCGAUUAUUUAUGCGCUUACAACAUUGUGCUUGCACAGCUAAAAUACUCAUUAUCUGAAACUAGCUGUCAUAAGUCGUAAUAGGCAGUGAUGUUAAUUCACAUAAUGUAUAGCACAAGAAUCCAAUAAUAUAUAUGUUGGUGGACCCAUCAAUGGUGUUAUAUGAAAUGGGAAAUUAUAAUUAAGAAUUUAUUACGCGGGGAAUUAAUACUAUGACAAUGUGUCGAACCACGAAAACUAUCUAGAUAAGUAUACUCGAUUCAGUGUAUCCAUAUAAUGAUACGGUUUUAAAUGUAUGUGCCAUAUGAAAAUGGAUGUCAGAUAUUAGAUGCCUAUCUCUUCGGAAGUUCCUCCUGCUUUUAUUGUUUUUAUUUUGCCAUCAUUAAUAUCGAAGAGAAACUCAGGAAGGGGCAUUGCUCAUGAUAAAGAGUUCACAUUAGUUCUAUCAUCUUGAUGUUCCUUCAAUUUUAUUAACUUAUUAACUUUUCAUCUGAAAGGAUUGCGAAAAGUACCCGAUUGAAAAGAAAUCCUAUAUCUAUUUACUGUUACAACAAUAGAUCUUAAUCAUCACGAGGCAACACAUCUUUUCCGUAAUCAAUUAUGCAUUUGGUAAAGUGCAUCUGAUCGUGCACUAACUUCUAUAUUUUUUCGCUCUGAUAUUUUUAGAGAUAGAGAAUGGCAAUAAGAUUCUACGAUUCAGUCCUUUUGAAUAAUACUAAUACUAAUAAUAAUAAUAAUAAUAAUAAUAAUAAUAAUAAUAAAAUAAUAAUAAUAAAAUAAUAAUAAUAAUAAAAUAAUAAUAAUAAUAAAAUAAUAAUAAUAAAAUAAUAAUAAUAAUAAUAAUAAUAAAUAUAUAUCAGUAUCUCAAAGUCGUAGCAAUUCCGCAUUGGGUGAUAUAAGCUUCGAUUAAAGUUAAUCGCUUAUGAUUGUGCAAGAGUUACAUGUACGCUACAGAGAAACUCUCAAAAUAUCAGAACAUCAAUCGAUGCACAUAAAAAGUUCGUGAUAUUUUUUUCUUCGUCCCCGUUCGAUUCCCACUGCCUGGUUUUUUAGUGAAUCUUUCUGUACUUAACGUUUACUUAGUCUAUAAAAGAGAAAAAGUAAUACUUAAGAGAUUGAAUCACUAACGUAUUUAAUGAUAACGAGAAAUAAGAUAUUCUAUCAUUCCACACGAAAGUCGAGUACUUUUUUCGGGAGGCCGUCGCUUCGUUGGUUGCACGGAAAAUAUUCGAUAGUUUCGUUCGACGUCGCCGAGGGCUUCUCUUGUUUUUUCUUUUAAACGAGUCUAAGCAUCGAAGACGUUACGUCGAUACUAUCGAAUAAGAGGAACAGUUUACCGGAGUUUUCUGAGUGGCUUUAAUACCUCUGACUAAGGCUUGAAAAAGAGACGGCUGUUAAAGCAAGAAUAUUCCUUUCUGUUUUCGAAUUGUUCAUACAAUAACUAAUAUCUUAGGGUAUUAUUAAUUAUAUUAUAUGAUGAUAAUAUAUAUUACACGUUUAAUGCUUAUAUAUUUGUACAUGGUCAAAAGGGGGUAGCCCGCACUUUAGCCAGGGUCGCGUGGGAAACUUUAAUUUUAAUUCCUUUUUAAUGCACUCUAUUAAACGCUCUUGAGUUAAAUCAUUUUUUUUUUUUUUUUUUUUUUUUUUUUUUUUUUAGAGUACUAUGAUCCCGUAUAUAAUUUUAUUCAUUCGAAACAAUUGUAUAUUUAUCUAAUUAGUUAAAUGUCUACUAUUUUUAUAUAAGCAAAUGCAAAUACCGUUUGAAAGAAAAGAUAAUACAAUCGAUUGUUACGUGUUUCAUCCACAAAUAUUAUUUUUUAUUAGACCGAUCAUCUUGAGAUAAUUACCGGCGAGAUUAUCGGAGUUAUUGACAAAAAUAUUAAUUUUGCAUAGAAUUUAUUUCUAUUUACGAGACAAUAGCUACAUCGAGAUAACUCGAAUCUGCUCUGAUGUCUAAAAGACGAGAGAAGAAUUUGCAAAGUUAAUAUUUAUGAAAAUCAGAAAUAACUUGAUCUUCGCUGUAAUACUUAAGAUGAUUGUUCUUAAACGUACAUUAAGUACAUUAUAUAUAUAUAUAUAUAUAUAAGUUUAUUUUAUUGUAUUUUUACACAUGUGUUUUGAAAUAAUUUAAACGAUUUAUUGCAUGCUAAAAUCGUUGAAACUCGAAAAAGAAAUCUUUUAAGCGCACUCAGAGCAGCUGCCUUCCUACUUUAAAUAUUAUAAAUUUUGUUUAUCUCGCGCAACUCCGGUCGAAGGGUGAGCAAAAAAAAUACACACAGAUACACAUACAUACAUUGCUGAAUGUUACAAAUAUUUUAGAUAUAUUAAGACGAUAACAAUUACCACGUGAGUGUAUUACAAAUACUACAAAUACUACAAAUAGCAUCAGUGAAUUAAUGAUAAUAUAGAAAUAUAUAUAUAAAUAUAUAUAUAUAUAUAUACAUAUGUAUGUAUGCGGACGUGUGGUCGAUUUCACGCGCAUAAGCGCGUACGUUUGCCAGAGAUGUGUGAGUGAUAUAUAGAUUAUAUAUAUAUGUAUAUACACCAUGCAUAUACAUGUAUACAUAUAAAAUUAAUAUACAUUGUGUACCUAUAGCAAGUAGUCUUUAAAGUAUUGAAACAUCGUAUAUAAACCUGACUCGAUGAACAUUCGCAGAUAGUGACGAUCACAAAUUUAACAAAUACGAUUUGUUAAAUAUGAUUUUUAAUUAUAUUUAUAUAGUUGCAUUGUUUUUCACAUUUUAUUUUAUUGAAGAUAAAUUUAAGUGAUGCAUCAUUAAAUUGUUUAGUUAAUCUAUCGUUAGUUUUAUUGUAAGUUGAUGUUACAAAUAGUAAUAUAAUUGAAAUAUAAAUAUCAGUAUUAGCAAUCGGAGCAUAUCAGUUUGGCAAAUUAAUUUUAUAGUUAUUGGUAUGUACUUCAUAAUACUGCGAAUCUGCAUCGAGUUAUCCUAUAUAAGUUUAAGAAUUGAUUUUUGUAAAGAGGUGAUAAGUACAUAUAUCAAGAUAAUUGACUUAGCUUAAAUGCCAUGUGAGAUGUGAGGGAAAGGAAGAAAAUAUACGUCCUUUAAAUAGCAGUUCGGAUUAGAAGUUAAAGGAAGAGAAUAAUAAUGGAGCUAGACUUUAUUUUUACAAUUUUUUCAGUUUUUCUCGUACAGUGUGUAUCAAUCUGUAAUCAUGAUCCUGUAUUAUAUCAGUAUAUAAUGCGCAGUGUGACACUCGUAUAAAACAAUAUACAUAUGCAGAAAUUGCUUCUGCUAAUACUCCUAGCUUUCCUAAAACUCUAUCUUUCUCUAAUAAGAAGUGCACCAAGUUUCAAAACCAUACACUUUAAAUGCCAAAACAUUUAAAUAAAUGCUCCUUCAAGGUCGUUGCUGUGGCUCGUAAGAUGAUUGUACAGGAUAGUGGAUUAUUAGAUAAAGUUAAUGGAUAUAUCACAGUCAAAAAGUCUAUUGCCUAUGGAUCGUUUUUGCUUGUGAUUUUUAUUUUUAUCAAUGUUGAGAUAAAACUAAGGAAUACACAUAUUUGUCUUUAAGUUUUGAAGGAUAGUAUAAAGAAAAAUGAAAGAAAGAAAGAAAGAAAGCACUUAAAAAAAAAAAAAAACAAAGUAACUGUUAAAAAUAAUGAUUUUCUUAUGAGUUCUUAGUAUACAGUAUAUACUAAGAUCUGCGCAUCCAUCCAAGCUAACCUUAAACCGAUAAAAAUAACGGAUAAAUGAGAAUACAUAAUAUUAGAAUAUCACUCUUAUAUAGAAUCAUUAUAAUUUUUAAAUUAACCAUCUCCACGAUCACCCCUGCCUGCAUCUCAAUUAUUAGUAGAAAAUAUUAUCGUUUAAGGAUAAUUCUCCCUAUCUCCCUUUUUCCCUUCACACGCAUUUCUCCUCACCGCUCACAAGUUUUAAUGCAUUAUUACACCUACUCCUCUCCCCCAUGAAAAAAACAUAUUGUGUUUGUGGAUAUAUGUAAUUUUACUUAUCAAUAAAUAAAUUAAAAAAAUUA